UCGUAUUUGUAUGAACCUCUGUGCUUCAAUUUAGAAAGCAGGAACUGAAGAACUUUUAGUGGCUGAGUUCACUCUUUUAGAACAAUCAUACACUUUCCUCAGAGUUCCUGAUUAUUUCAAUGGAGAAAGAAACUGUUGACAACACUCCAUUGUUGUCUCCUACUAAAGAAAAGACACCAUCAUCAUCAUCAUCAUCAUCAUCAUCAUCAUUUCUUGUGUCAGCAACAAAAUGGGUUAUAAAGUAUUUGAUUUGCAUAAUCUUCAUUGGUUGGGCAGGUUUUAUUUUCUUGAUGCCAGAAGAAUCUGUCAAUGAGUUGAUGUCAAAAUGGAUAAAUUUGACCACGGGGAACCCUCUUGGAACUGCAGGAAGCAUUUUUAUGUUAUUUAGUGCUCCAAUUCUCAUAAUUGCAUUCCUUGCAAUUGCAUACCUUCUUGUCUCUGGAGAAGACCACAUUCCUGAGAAGAAGAGUACUAAGUAUCCAAGCUUUAGGCUAUGGACUUUUCCUGUGAUUAUAAAGGGGCCAUUUGGAGUUGUCUCUGCUACAGAGUUAAUUGGGAUUGUUCUCUUCUCUGCAUAUGUUAUCUUUGCUAUCUACAAUUACACUAUGAGGGCCCUUGCAUCUCCUUCUCAUCAUCACUUAGAUAGGAGAAUAUUCAUGUUGGAGAUUCUGGGACUUCGGUUUGGUGGAAUCGGAUUGAUGUGCAUGGCAUUUCUAUUUCUGCCUGUAUCAAGAGGUUCUGUUCUUCUUCGGUACAUAGACAUCCCUUUCGAACACGCCACUAGAUAUCAUGUCUGGCUGGGACACCUCACCAUGGCCCUCUUCACAAUCCAUGGUCUCUUGUACUGUGUUGCUUGGGCAAUGGAUGGUCGCCUUGUCGAGGAAUUAAUACAAUGGAAAGACAUUGGUGUUGCGAACCUUCCGGGAGUUAUAGCCCUCAUAGCUGGUUUGUUCAUGUGGGUGACCUCUCUUCCAGGAGUGAGAACAUGGAACUUUGAGUUGUUCUUCUACACUCACCAAUUAUACAUUAUCUUUGUUGUCUUCUUGGCCUUGCAUGUUGGUGACUUUGUUUUCACCAUGGCUGCUGGAGGAAUAUUCCUCUUCAUCCUCGACCGCUUUCUGCGAUUCUGCCAAUCAAGAAGGACAGUUAAAGUAGUUUCAUCUAGGUGCCUUCCUUGUGGAACUGUGGAACUGGUUCUAUCAAAGCCUCCAAAUUUGAGAUACAAUGCAUUGAGUUUCAUUUUCCUUCAAAUCCGGGAACUGUCAUGGCUGCAAUGGCAUCCAUUCAGUGUUUCUUCUAGUCCUUUGGAUGGAAAGAACCACCUUGCUGUUCUCAUAAAGGUUCUUGGCAAAUGGACACAAAAUUUGAGAGACAGGAUUACUGAUGCUGAUGAACCAAAAGAUUUAUCUGUCAAGACCAUAACAGCUUCGGUUGAAGGGCCAUAUGGGCAUGAAGUACCAUAUCACUUGAUGUAUGAGAAUCUUAUACUAGUGGCUGGUGGUAUUGGACUUUCACCCUUCCUUGCUAUAUUGACCGAUGUUCUCCACCGCGUGAGGGAGGGGAAACCUUGUAGACCAAGAAACAUUUUGGUUGUUUGGGCAGUGAAGAAAUCAAAUGAGCUUCCACUUCUUUCAAGCAUUGACAUGGAAUCAAUUUGUCCUUCCUUUUCGGAUAAAGUAAACAUCAAUGUUGAUAUUUAUGUCACUCGGGAAUCAGACCCUCCAUUGGAAGAGGGACAUGUAUAUAAACCAAUAAAGUCUUCAAUGUGUCCUAUGUCUAGUGAUUUCGGCAUGUCAGUUCUUGUUGGAACAGGAGACAAUUUUUGGUCUGGACUAUACGUCAUCUCAUCUACUGUUGGAUUUGUGAUCUUACUGGUUUUGUUGUACAUUUUCUAUAUUAACCCUUAUGGUGUGUACAAAUGGUGGUACAAAGGGUUACUAUUUGUGAUUUGCAUGGUUGCAAGUGUUGUUAUCUUUGGUGGUUUUGUGGUUGCACUCUGGCAUUUUUGUGAACAGAGAAGUUCUGUGAAGGAAAAGUCCAAUGACAGUGUGAAGGGUGAUCAUAAAAUUGAACAAAAUGGGUUUAUGGCUCACAAGAGUUCAAUUCAAGACAGUAGUGUUGCAAAAUCAAUUGUCACCCGUUAUGGUUCCAGGCCAAACUUCAAAGAAAUUUUUGAAGGCAUGUCAGAGAAUUGGGGGCAUGUUGAUGUGGGAGUGUUAGUUUGUGGACCUCCAACACUUCAAGAAAGUGUUGCAAAUGAAAUCAGGGCACAUAGCAUGAUACGACAACGCCAUUACCCAAUCUUCCAUUUCCAUAGCCAUAGCUUUGAUCUCUAGUUUGAGAGGCAUAGCUUUAUUCACUAAUUAAAAAGCAUAUAUAUAAGUAUAACCAACUUGAGUUGGCCGAUUGGUCAGCUCACUCGUCUGCUUAAGCAAGUGUCCGGAUUUUGAAUCCCGUAUAUAGUAAUCCAUUGGCCAGCCACAGACUUUUAAAUGGAGCUCAGAUCUGUGGCGGAUUAGUUCUUGGCCUAUUAGACUGAAGGAUAGCAUGGACAAAAAAAAUGCAUAUAUAUGCUGUAUAUAUUAAUUUGUAUUAGUAUCAAUGCUAUUCUAUUAUGUAUCCUUUAA